AUGGCAGAGGUGGUGCUGCAGAGGAAUCGUGGAGGAGAAGCGGAGAAGCGGAGAAGCGCGAUGGAGGUCGGCGAAGGUUGUUCUCUGACUGGUCGAGAUAGGAAGGUGUCGGCUGGCAGCGCCGGCGACAGCGAUGCGUGGGCGAUGAAGAGUAAGAACGACGGCAACAAGUGCUGGAAGAAGCGAUUAAGAAAAUUUCCUCUCUCUGUUUUGUUCUCGCAGACACUCAUCUUGAAGGUGAUCAUACAUUGCGAUGGCUGUAGGCUUCAAGUCAGGAAGAUCCUCCACAGAACUGAAGGAGUCUUCUCGGUGAGCAUAGAUGUUGAGGAACAGAAGGUUACAGUUUCAGGGGAUGUGGACGCUGCGACUCUGAUAAGGAAGUUGAACAGAGCAGGUAAGCACGCAGAGCCAUGGCCUGUAAAGGCCAGCAAGGAGGAUCAGAGACCAAACCAACAGAAACAAGGGAAGAAGCCAGUUUGCAACACCGUGAAGAAACAAAGCCACAAAUCCUUCAGAAACCAGAAGCACGAGCUUUCUUCAUCCAGCUCCGAUGAUGAGUACGACAGUGACGAUGAAGAAGACGACGACGACGACGACUAUGAUCUACGAUCACUCAACAGCCAGUUGAUGCAAAUUGAUCAGCAGCGGUUCCCGAUGAUGGUGAACAUGCAGCAGGCCUGCCAGACACAGUCGCCGUCCAUGGUGAUGCAAGAGAACGGGCACCUACAGCCACAGAUGAUGUAUCUGAGGUCUCCGGCAAUGGCCGCCGCCUACACGGGGUACUACUGCUACCAAAGCCCUUGCUAUCUGAACGACCAAGUAGACGACGGCUAUCAGUGUUACUAUGCUUCCGGCAAUGGAGAUAGCAAUGUUUGCAGUAUCAUGUAAAAGAAUGGAUGCUCCUGUAUCUUACUCUUCGUGCUGUCUUGUGGCUUUCUGAAAGUGAUGUUGCAUCGAGCUG